GGCUGUUAACAGGCGCGAGAUUUGAUACGGUUCGUCGUUUUGAUGGGCGGCACGCAGACCGACUCAUUUUUCUUAAGUUGCCUCGCGAAACCAUUUACACGCAUGGAAAUAUUAUAAAUAUCGAUUUAUUAUAUCAUAUCGAUAUAUAGCAGGGUUUCAGCUAGUUCAAGCCUGCUAGAUGACCGUAGAAGAACUAGCCAUGAUGCUAACUGGUUGAUGUGAGCUGUUAGCUGCAGUCUUAAAUGAUCGCCACAAACUAAUGACGAGUUAUUCCUUUAGUGCUGACUAGCUGUCUCUAGAUGAAUAAUGGUAGUGCUUAUGUCAGCGUGAUGGAGCCAAAGCCUUCAGCAGCAGUGGUGGUCAGUGCUGUACCUCCAUACGGACAUGUCAUCGUCAACGCCAAGUGGAGGGGCUCCACACUAGUGCAGCAUUUUAAAGGGAAUGUGAAGACUGUCUUUGAGGAGGAGCUUGGUGUUGUGGACCUUCACCUCAGUAACAAAAGUUGUAUCCUGUAUGUGUCAGAGAGUGACUUGGUGGCAGGGAACGACUACAAAAGAAAAAUUGUUCGAUUCAGAAAUGCCAAUAGUAACUUCCAUGGGAUUGUUCUGGUGGAGAAGACCCAUCUCAGUGAGCAGUACUUCAGUGCACUGCAGAAGUUUGUGGUGUUGGAGCUGGGCCUGACCCUGCUGCAUGUCUCAGGUCCUGGUGAAGCAGCCCAGCUCAUUGCACAGAUGGUGCACGGAGAGAGCAAGGUGAACCCAUUCCGCAGGAAAAGCACAGCCAGACUACUGGACCCAGUGGUGUUGAACUUGGUACAGCAGAUCCCUGGGGUUGGCAAGGUGAAAGCCAUGGCCCUACUCCAGUGCUUCUCGAGCAUCCAUAAGAUCAGCAACGUCUCAGUUGAGGAGCUGGAGCCUGUUGUGGGGCAGGCCACUGCUCAGCACAUCUGGGCUUUUUUUCAUGACAUACUUCCAUGAUAUAGUGACACACGGCACUGUACAGAGACUUUCACACAGGAUGUACCUGCUGUUUGCCAUGUAAAGACUCUAACCUAAUGCAAACCAAAUGCUAUCAAAACCAUAGAAUUUUUAGUUCUUGUUCAAGAAAAACUGAAUAGCGUUUCCAAACAAUUUUCCUGCAAUGCAGUUAAUAAAAUUUGUUUGUCCUUUGAGGGGGAAAAAGUAUCAUAGUC